AUGAGGCUAGAAUGGAAUAGAAAUAAAAAGAAUGCAGCUUUAAUAGCUGUUUUAGGACUAGUAUAUAUUUCGGAGGUGAGAACAAGCGUAACGCCUAAGUAUAAGCACCAAAUAGACUCUUCAGACCCUACGCUAAAUAGAGAGUUUGAACACGUUGGAUGUGCAGAAAAUAGUAAAGAAGAAACAGACCAAAAACAGCCUGCUGAUGAGAAUGAGCUAGAAGAAGAACGCAUAGAUAUAAAGGUCUUGUAUGCCCAGCCUGUGGAAAGCAUUCAAAGUAUAUACGAGAUCGAAGAGGCUCUGAUUGUUGGCACAGAGGAGUAUAUAACCGCACGAAGAGAGCUAAGAGAAGCAAGAUACGACGUGGACAUGGCAUAUGCAGUGCACAGAGAGAAGAAGGCUGAGCUAAAGAAAGCCUAUGAAACCCUGCAGGCUGUGCAAUUAGGAUAUCUAGAUGCAUGGAGCGAGGCGCACAAGAUCCAGGAAAAAAUAUAUAAUCUUUAUAUUAAGUAUGCAAAGAAUAAAGUAAAGGUGCCAGGAAGCGCAGGUUCUGAUUAUGCAGUAUUGGAGGCAACACUGAUAAGGAUGGGCUUUAAAACAGAAGAACUGGAAAAGAAAAAGAUAGAUGCCGUUGAAGUGGCAAAGAAGCACCUAGAUCAACUAAAAAGAGCAAUAGAAGUAAUGAAAACCUCGGAUGAGUGCUAUAUAGACUAUUUGGAAAAAACUGUGGAGUCGCAAGUAAAAGACACAGACCUAAUAGAAAAGGACUUGAAAUACGAAGAGGCUAUGCUGGAUAAAGAGUUUAUUUUGUACUUGGUGCGUGAGGCUGAGGCUGUUUAUGCGCAGCAGGCAGGCCAAUCCAGCAAGUUGGCAGGGAAGAUUGCAUGCGCGCACGAAAGCCAUAUUAAAAGCAUGCAGGCAUAUAUUGAUUGUCUAAAAGGCAUGCUUAUAUGCCAAAAAGCGUAUUUAAAGAAGGCAGAGGAGGCUCUUGCAACAUAUCUUGUGGCACAUGAAGAGGACAGUAAGUACGAGGUUUGCGAAGCACGCGUAAUUAGAGCUAAUGAGUUUGUGUCUAAAAUUGAGGAAAAGGUGUUUAUAGACAGGUAA